AUGAUCUGGGAGAUGCUUUCGAAGCCCUUGGUGGAUUACAUGGAGGAGAACUACCUCAAAGAGCGUCGCCGCCAGCUCUGGAUGAAGUCUUACCGUCAAGAUGUCUACUACGCGUCGAUGGACACCAGCAACUAUGUUGAGUCUUGGCACAACCAGUUGAAGUCGAACCACCUCAAGCACCACUACCGAGCGCGAGCGGAUCGCAUCCUCUACAUUCUCACAGAAGUCGUUCUGGAGGCAUUCAAGAAGGACGAGUUUGGAGCAAUCAUCCGUGUUGGCCGUAGGACGAAAGGCGAGGUUCUCGACAUUCUACGCCAACGAGAUGUGCAGGCUAUGACAGAAGAGACUAUCCAGAAGAAUGUCCUAAUUAUUGAUGCUCGUUACAUUGUCGAGUCGAUCACCUUUCCAGUCACUUAUUACAACUUGUCGCUAACUGAUGGUUUGGCCAACAGCUGCUCCUGCGAGUAUUUUCUCCGGCACCGUCGUCUCUGUAAGCAUAUCCUUAUGGCCUUCCGCAAGUUCCUUGGCAAUCUUCGGCUUCCGUUUAACAACGACUUCUAUGUUUCAAGAACCCUUACUGACUUCACGACCGCUUCGGACUUCAAGCAAGAGGAUAUCAAGAGAGAUGAGACGCCUGAAGACGAGCGUGAACAAAAUCGUUUGCGCGAUCGCGCUCGUGCUCUAGUGGAGUCCUUCUCUCGUUGUACUCGAGACGCCAUUAUGACCGAAGAAACUAUUCGUAUCCUUGAACUAUUGGUCGACCAUGGAGGUUGCCUUCUAAAAGAAGGAUAA